CUGCUCUACAUUUGUCUGUUUCGAGCCCGGAGAGGAGGAGCAGGGAGGUCUCGCGCGGCGGGGAUGGGUGGGAUGGCGGUUGCUUUGCAGUAGUCGGGACUGAAGGAGGCUGCUUUUGCUGGGCCCGCCCUUUUCUCACCAAGGGAGAGGGCUUGUCUGGCUGGCAGGGGCAACUCGAGUCUCUACAUGGGGGAAAGCAGCAGGGUCGCUUACCCCCUUACCCCCCCACCAUCAUCAGAGGGAUGAAGGCAGUUCAGGGCAACACCGAGGAAUCAGAGAAACUGAAUAAGAUGAGUUCCCUUCUGGAAAGACUUCAUGUCAAGUUUAAUCCCAACAGUAGACCUUGGACAGAAACCAUGAAGCUUGUUAGACAAGUUAUGGAAAAACGAAUUGUCAUGAAUUCUGGAGGUCAUCAGAAUCUCAUCACUUGCUUAGAAACUUUGCAGAAGGCUUUAAAAGUGUCAUCUCUGCCUGCUAUGACAGAUCGCUUAGAGUCCAUUGCUAGACAAAAUGGUCUUGGAUCUCAUCUUAGUGCAAAUGGCACUGAAUGCUAUAUAACAUCUGAUAUGUUCUAUGUGGAAGUCCACUUGGAUACUACAGGACAACUGCGUGAUGUCAAGGUGGCACAUCAUGGAGAAAACCCAGUGAGCUGCCCAGAGCUGGUACAGAAUCUAAGAGAGAGAAACUUCAAUGAAUUUUCCAAGCAUCUUAAGGGUCUUGUUAAUCUAUAUAAAGUGCCAGGUGACAACAAAUUGAAAACUAAAAUGUAUUUGGCUCUACAAUCCUUGGAGCUUGAUCUUUCAAAGAUGGCAGGAAUGUAUUGGCAAGCCACAAAUGCAAACCCCUUGGACAAAAUUCUCCAUGGCAGUGUGGGCUAUCUCACUCCUAGAAGUGGUGGUCACCUGAUGAAUCUGAAGUAUUAUGUUUCUCCUUAUGAUUUAUUUGAAGAAGGCACUGGAGCUCCCAUCAUUCUGAAUGAGAAUAAUGUUCCUCGUUACCUAGGCAUGAAUGUAUGUGUUACAAUUGAGGGAACCUUAACUAUGAAUAAACUUCCAAUUGCCCCUCUGAUUAUGGGGACUCACCCUGUUGAUAACAAAGGGACACCCUCAUUCUCCUCAGUUACCAGUGCUAAUAGUGUUGAUUUUCCAGCUUGCUUCUUUUUGAAAUUUCCAAAACCUGUUCCUGUUUCACAGGCUUUCAUUCAGAAACUUCAGAACUGCACUGGUAUCCCGCUGUUUGACACUCCUCCAACAUAUGUCCCAUUAUAUGAGCUCAUCACACAGUUUGAGCUAUCCAAGGAGGAGGAGGAAGAUCCUUGUUCAUUGCACCACACCAUGCGCUUUUAUGCUGCCUUGCCAGGACAACAGCAUUGUUAUUUCCUCAACAAAGAUGCCCCAUUGCCAGAUGGACGAAGCCUUCAAGGAACACUGCUUAAUAAGAUUGCUUUCCACCAUCCUAGUCGAGUGCCUCUCAUUCUCAGUAUGAUCAGGCAUCAGGUGGCCUACAAUACACUAAUAGGCAGCUGUGUCAAGCGAACUGUUUUAAAAGAAGAUUCCCCUGGCAUCCUGCAGUUUGAGGUCUGCCCCCUUUCUGACUCCUGCUUCAGUGUAUCUUUUCAGCAUCCUGUUAAUGACUCCUUAGUUUGUGUGGUAAUGGAUGUACAAGAUUCUACCCAUGUGAACUGCAAAUUGUAUAAAGGGCUUUCUGAUGCACUCAUCUGUACAGAUGAUUUCAUUGCAAAGGUUGUUCAAAGGUGUAUGUCGAUUCCUGUGACUAUGAGAGCGAUAAGGAGGAAGGCAGAGACAAUCCAAGCAGACACACCAGCUUUGUCCCUCAUUGCUGAGACAGUUGAAGACAUGGUGAAGAAGAAUCUGCCUCCUGCUAGCAGCCCAGGAUAUGGCAUGACUACUGGCAACAACCCAAUGAGUGGCACCACCACCCCAACCAGUACUUUCCCUGGGGGCCCCAUCUCCACUUUAUUCAGUAUGAGCAUGGGCAUCAAAGAUCGGCAUGAUUCAGUGGGACAUGGGGAGGACUUCAGCAAAGUGUCUCAGAACCCCAUUCUUACAAGUUUGCUGCAAAUCACAGGAAAUGUAGGCUCUACUAUUGGCUCUAGUCCCACUCCUCCACACCACACACCUCCCCCUGUGUCAUCUCCUGCAAGCAACACCAAAAAUCAUCCAAUGCUUAUGAAUCUUUUGAAGGACAAUGCUGCUCAAGAUUUCUCAACUCUUUAUGGAAGCAGUCCACUUGAGAGACAGAACUCUUCUUCUGGCUCUCCAAGGAUGGAAAUGGGACCAGGGGGCAAUAAGCAAAAAAAGAAAAAAUCACGUGUGUUAGUGGAUAAACCAAAGCAUCAAACUGAAGAUGACUUUCAGAGAGAGCUGUUUUCUAUGGAUGUUGAUUCCCAGAACCCUAUAUUUGAUGUCAAUAUGACCACUGACACUUUAGAUACUCCUCAUAUUACUCCAGCACCCAGUCAGUGCAGCACCCCUCCAACAACUUAUCCACAAUCUAUACCUCAUGCCCAACCCAGUAUUCAGAGAAUGGUCCGGCUCUCCAGUUCAGACAGCAUUGGUGCUGAUGUUACAGAUAUUCUUUCUGACAUAGCAGAAGAAGCAUCCAAAUUGCCGAAUACCAAUGAAGAUUGUCCUCCUAUUGGGACACCAAUAAGGGACUCAUCCAGUUCUGGGCAUUCACAAAGUGCCCUUUUUGAUCCAGAUGUUUUUCAGUCAAAUAACAGUGAAAACCCAUACACUGAUCCAGCUGAUUUGAUUGCUGAUGCUACUGUGAGCCCAAAUAGUGACUCUUCAAAUCAGUUCUUCCCAGAUGGAGUUGACUUCAAUCCUGAUCUCCUGAACAGCCAGAGCCAAAGCGGUUUUGGAGAAGACUAUUUUGAUGAUAGCAGCCAGAGCGGAGACGCUGAUGACUUCAAGGGCUUUGCACCGCAAACGAUAAGUACUCUGGGUGUGCAAGUACUGGGGGGAGAUGGAGGGGAGAGUAAGUUCAAGGCAAGCAGCCAAGCGGACACAGUCGACUUUAGUAUUAUCACUGCUACCAGCAAGGCUCUGGGAGCCUCUGAUGUAUUGGAACAUCAUAGUGGAAGCCAGAGCCCCUUACUGAGUAUGGGAGAAUUGGGGAAAGAAAAAUCACAGAAGCGGGUCAAAGAGGGUAAUGGAACUGGGAGUUCUUUAAUGGGCCCUGGGCUGGAUGGCAAGGGUGGAAAACGCAAUCGCACCCCAUCCAGUGAUGGAAAGAGUAAAGAAAAGGUCCAGAAGCGGAGGAAGGUAGAGCCAGAAGGCAAAUCUCCUUCUCAUAGUACAUCCACCAGACCUUUCACCCCACCAGCAAGCACAGGUGGCUCAAAAUCUCCUGGAAGUUCAGGCAGGUCUCAAACACCCCCUGGGGUAGCUACUCCUCCCAUCCCUAAAAUCACCAUCCAGAUUCCCAAGGGAACAGUGACUGUUGGCAAACCUUCCCAUGGGCAGUACACAAGCAGUGGCUCAGUCUCUUCUUUGAGCAGCAAAAGUCAUCACAGUCAUUCCUCCUCCUCCUCUUCGUCCUCCUCGUCAUCGUCAUCCUCUUCGUCUUCCUCCUCGACGUCAGGCAAAAUAAAGAGCAGCAAGUCGGAUGGGUCUUCGGGGUCCAAGAUGAGCGGCAGCCUCUACUCAGGCCAAGGCAGCUCUGGUUCAGGUCAGUCCAAAAGCUCCACCCAAUCAGUGGGCAAGCCCGGGUCCUCCCCAAUCACAAAACACGGCCUCAGCAGCGGCUCUGGAGGUACCAAGAUCAAACCUCAAGGGAAGCCUUCAUCGCUUAUGAACCCUUCCAUGAGUAAACCAAACAUUUCUCCUUCUCAUUCUAGACCCUCGGGCGGUUCUGACAAGCUGGCCUCUCCGAUGAAACCUGUUCCAGGUACUCCCCCGUCAUCUAAAGCAAAGUCCCCUAUUAGUUCCGGUUCUGGAGGUACACACAUUCCUGGGACAGGAUCAAGUUCAAGCAUGAAGUCAUCUUCAGGGAUGGGAUCUUCCAGUUCCACAUCCCAGAAGCCUCCUCCUUCAAAUUCUUCAAUGGGAUCUUCAUCUUCCUUUUCAUCUGGCAGCUCUUCCAUGUCUUCAUCUCAGAAUCAACAUGGGAGUUCCAAAGGCAAGUCUCCAAGCCGAAACAAAAAGCCAUCUCUGACUGCUGUCAUUGACAAACUCAAACAUGGGGUUGUCACUAGUGGCCCCACAGGGGAAGAUUCAGUGGAUGGACAGAUGGUCCAGAAUUCCAGUUCAUCAGGCCACUCCAUGUCCUCUAAGCACAAUCUGUCAGGAAAUGAAUUGCAGGGGAAACGAGAACGAAGUGACAAGGAGAAAUCCAAAGUCCCUGCUUCAGGAGGUUCCACUGAAUCUUCCAAGAAAGCAUCUGAUUCAAAGAGUGUUGGAAGCACUGGAGUGGCCAAAAUCAUCAUCAGUAAACAUGAUGGCGGUUCUCCUAGUAUUAAAGCCAAAGUUACCUUGCAGAAACCUGGGGAAGGAAGUGGGGAUGGCUUAAGGCCUCAGAUGUCAUCUUCCAAAAAUUAUGGAUCACCCCUGAUAAGUGGAUCAACUCCAAAACAUGAGCGCUGUUCUCCUAGCCACAGUAAGUCACCUGCAUAUACACCCCAAAAUAUUGACAGUGAGAGUGAAUCUGGAUCAUCUAUAGCAGAAAAAUCCUAUCAGAAUAGCCCCAGCUCUGAUGAUGGAGUUAGGCCUCUUCCAGAAUAUAGCUCAGAAAAGCAUAAAAAACACAAAAAGGAAAAGAAGAAACUGAAAGAUAAAGACCGUGACAGGGAUCGUGACAAAGAGAGAGACAAAAAGAAAUCUCACAACAUAAAGCCAGAAAGCUGGUCUAAAUCUCCCAUCUCUUCAGAACAGUCCCUGUCUAUGACAAGCAGUGCCAUCCUUACAUCAGAUAGACCAUCUAGGCCCAGCCCUGAUUUCUUAAUUGGGGAGGAAGAUGAUGAUCUCAUGGAUGUUGCCCUGAUAAGGAAUUGAGAAUAUUUGUAAAUUGUGUGUAUGUGAUACAUUUAAUUUAUGUUUUUUAAAAAAUAAAAAUGUGAGCAUGGGUUCAAGUAAAUCAAACCUGAUUUGGACAGCUAAUGAGGUGUGUGUGUGUAUGUGUAUGAGAGAGAGAGAGAGAGAUACACGGAGAGAGAGAAAAAACACUUCUAUCUAUAUUGGAAACCUGUCUACCAAGAGCCUCUGCCACAAAAAAACCCUGUUUGGUUAUAAAUCUGUCACUUGUUCACAAGAUUGCAUUCCUUUAGGCAGAGGAUGAACAUUACCUUUUUAGCAGAAAUAGAUCUUCAUUGCACCACUUUUUAUAUUUCUAUUUGGUGCUUAAUUUUAAUCCUUUUUAAAUAUUUAGAGCUUGGUUUUUAUUAUUCAUAUUGGGUAGAGAUUUUCAUUAACCGAUUAUUGGAAGCAAUUUAGUGCCUGAUAUUUCUCUAGUUCUUUUAGGUGCUGACACAUUUCUUUUUAAGAAAAACAAAAACACCCAAUCUGAUAAAAAUUUACAGAUAGCACCAACUUUGGCACUCAUCCAAAAGGGUGAAGUAUUUUGAUAUAUAUGUGUGUGUUAUACCUAUAAGGUAAUUUGACUUUCUCUUCGUAUUAUAAAACUGAAUUUUUUAAGAGUAUCUGUGUUGAAUUUUAUGUCUGUUUUCUGUGUAACAGUUACACAGUAAAGAUUAUCAUUUGAUAAGAAGCAGAAAGGGAUGGUUUUAGAAACUCUUGAACACAGAAUUUAAAUACUUCUGGUCUGUUUAAUUUUGUAUGUAUAUACAAACUACAAAGGAGAGACUUCUAAUAGUGAGCAUCAUGUCCGUUUGCUUCAAUGAGUAUAUUUUUUUAACAUAUCCUGAGAUAAUAUGAGUCCUCUUUGAUGUAUAAGCCACUCUAGAAAUGUAAUGUUCUUGAUCAUAUAACAGGAGUCACUAGUACAGUAUUUUAAAGAGUUGUGUUAGUUCCCAAGAGUUUGGCCAGCUCAUUACCUCCUUUCAUGUUAGCGGAAUAACAUUGAAAGCAUCUAGGAAAAGCACCCUUGUUUGCACUGUUAUAUUUUGUCAUAGGAAAUGAACUGAGACUCCAUAGACUUCCAAUAUUACAUAUGCAUCUGUUUACCAAUCAAUACUUCCUGUCUUUUAUAUUUUAACACUAACAUUUGCCCAGUAUUUUGAAAAAUUGCACAGCUCAGCACUCUAUAUGCAUCUGGAUUAGGCAAUGGCAGUAUAUGGCCAUAUCUGUACUGAUAGAUUAAACUGUGGCCUUAGGACUAUGCAUUCUAAAUAAAUUGUUUUUUUUUACAAGGUAUUAUCUGGUUAGUCUAUCUAUUCUUGGAUUCUGUUUAUUCAUGAAAUAUGAGGCAGCUUUCAUUUAAUCUGGUAUCCUACAAAAUAUAAAUCCUUACAUUUCCAGUCAGCUAAUUAAGAAAUCUGAUAGCUUAGCCUUACACUUCUGGCAGUGCCAGCUUGGAUAAUGCUGCUCUAAGAUACAAUGGAGAUAACACUAACUGUACUUUCUUUGUAUUGCAUUCUUGCUUUCUUGUUUUUCAAAUUUAGAGCAAGUUACAUUAUUGUGUCCUUACAGUUGGUUAAUUGAAUUGCACACAAAAUCUAUGAAAUAGUAAGAAUUAUUUAACUGAUAUUCCUUAUAUAGCACCAUAUUACAGACUUGCAAUUUUUUAUUGGUCAGGUUGUCAUGUGUUCAAUUUCUAUAGUAUUUUUAAUUGAAAUGCAAAGUUCUAAAUAACAGCAGCAUAGGAUUUUCAAAAGCAAAACUUCAUGAAAAGCUUGCUAUAAUUCCAGGCAUAGUAUCAUAUAUAGAGAAUAGAGAUUCUCUGUCAUUUGCAAGAAUUUUUGAAAAUAUCAAUGGUAAUAAGCAAACAUAAAUACACCGGUUCUUUAAAUCAGGAUCUACAACCCCCGGCCCCCAGCCUGUUUGUAACUGGGCUUCACAAGCAGUGUGCAGGCAAGACCAGCUCCACAUGUACAAGUGGUGGACCUGCACACAAGUGCGCUUGCUGCGCAGCUUGCAGAGAAACAUUGUCACCACUGCCUGUCCUCAAAGCCAGAAAGGUUGGGGACCGCUGCUUUAAAUAUUGUGUCUGCCUUUCAGUGAAGAUAUAACAGUAUUGGCUCUAGAUCCAUUUUAUCAAUUGGCAUUAAAACCAGUAUGCUGUCAGAGUCAUAUAUUCCCCUUAUAUAUUGAGUUGCCCAAACAUGUGGCACAUAAUAGGAUGUUCUUUUUUUCUUUUGUAUAUGUUAGAUUGAACCAAUGUGUUAACUCUAGAGUUUGCUAUCACAUGAUUAAAAAGAAUAAUUUUCAAAAGAAUUUACUUAUUCACAAUAUUUCAAAUCCCUCAGUAUUGUCAAACCAAACAUUAAGAAAUUAAGAUAGGAGAGCUACAUGUUUAAAUCUCAAUUGCAGCAUCUUACAGAUUUUUUUUUCCAUGUAAAUAUAUGACUUUUACUUUCACUGUAUGAACAAUUUGUAUAAAGCCUGCUUCCCAUGACAGGUGGUUAAGGAAUAUAUUGUAUAGCAAUGUUUUAGCUUCUUGAAAAGUAUUUUAAACUAUAUGUUGGGUUUUACAUAUAAAUAAAUUUGUUUGGUAGAAA